CUAGUUCAAAAUUUUACAAAAUUUGACCGCCAUGGUUCGGUUCAUGGCCACCACAACCACCGUCAUCCACCGCCAUCUUCGGCAACAUAUCCGCACCUUCGUGAACGCAAGAGUCAAAUGGGUACGAGACCCAUACCUUGAUAAAGCAGUAGAAAAGGAAAAAAACCUCAAACCAUUACUCUCUCUCAAGAACUUAAUCCUUUCCCAUCACUCAAAAUCUCUACCCCUUCGCACCAUUUCCCCUCUCAAACCCCAACUCAAUCUUCCCACCAUUGCCCUCAAAUUCAUCCAAAAUUACCCUUUUAUUUUCAAAACUUUCAGGCCUCCUGUACCCUUAUCCACUCUACAUGUAAAGCUCACUCCAAAUGCACUAUCUUUACAUAAUGACGAGACCCUUUUUCUUAGUCUUUCACAUUACCGUAAAGAUUUAGCGCACAGAUUAGCAAAACUAUUGAUGCUCACAAGAGCUAAAAGACUUCCUUUUUAUGUUAUUGAAAGGUUUAAAUUUGAUUUGGGUUUGCCUCAUGAUUAUUUGUUGAGUUUUUUACCUGAAUAUCCUGACUAUUUUCAGAUUUGUCAAAUGGGUUUUAAGGAUUCUGAUGGUCGUGAGGUUUUUGGGUUGGAAUUAGUUAAAUGGAGGGAGGAUUUGGCUGUUUCUGUGACGGAGAAAAGGGUGAAAAGAGAGGAUUUUGGGGGUAGGAAAAGAGUGCAUAUAAGGUUUUCGAUGAAUUUACCAAGAGGAUUUGAUUUGGUGAAGAAAGUGAGGAAUUGGGUUGAGGAGUGGCAGAAUUUGCCUUACAUUUCACCUUAUGAAGAUGCAUUUCACUUGGCUCCUAAUAGUGAUCAAGCAGAGAAAUGGACAGUUGGGGUGAUUCAUGAACUGUUAAGUUUACUUGUAUCAAAGAAGACAGAGAGGGAGAAUAUUUAUUGCUUAGGGGAUUAUUUGGGAUUUGGAAUAAGGUUUAGAAAAGCUUUAGUGCAUCAUCCAGGUAUAUUUUACUUGUCGAAUAAGAUUAGGACGCAUACUAUAGUUUUGAGGGAGGCAUUUAACAAGAACAUACUGGUUGAGAAGCAUCCAUUGAUGAGAAUGAGGUACAAGUACAUCAGUCUCAUGAACAGAGUGUUGAGACGGGGAAUACCAAUCAAUGCUGGAGCUGUUAGGUACAGGAAGCGGCUGGCUUCUUUGAAAGGAGGAAAAAGGAAGGAAAAUGAGAAGAGGAUGAGACAAGUUAAAAGUGUAGAGAAUUGAGAAGUUUGAAAGAUUGGACAAAAAUAUGACAAAAGUGACAAUAGAAAGACUAGAUUAUUUGACAAUGAUAAUUUUAUUAUGCAUGAUGCUGCAAAGGCUGAUACGAGACGAGUGUUCUGUGAGUAAUUGCAAUGUUGGUGUCUGGAAAAUGAGGAAUCCAACGGCUGUAGAAACAUGGGAAUGCUGAAGAAUAGAAGAAUAGUACAGCUUGUCGUUACACAGCUUGGAAAAUGUGGCCUUCGAAAGUGACUCUUGUACUUUGAUGGCAAUCAUACUUGCUAAAAAGAAGGAAGAAAUAACAGGAUAUGACAAUAGAGACAGAAGAUGUGAAUGAUACUUAUAUAAAGGCUUGUAUAUAGAUGGAUUUGUGUGACAGUAAUUCACUAUAUGUUGGUGACCAGAUGUUGCUGGAAACUUGGCAAUGCUCAAGAAUAGAUGAAUGGUACAGCUUGUCUUUAUAUGGAUAUACAGGGCAAAACAAGGUAAGGAAACCUUAGUAUGCACGACAAGCUGACAGCCGUUGCUGAAACUGUCUUUACAUUGGAUAAUCUGGCCUUUGGCUGGAUAGCUAUUUUUUGAAAUCAGAUUGCCUUCUCUUUCCGUCCCUUCUGAUUUCUGAAGUGAAGGGAGACUCGUACCCUUCGAAAUGGUCAUAUUCUUACUAUGAUGGCAAUCCCCCUUUGCCAAAAUCGGGGCGCAAAUUGGAGGUCUGUAUCAAACAAAUGUUUAACCAUCUUGAGUGAACAUACAUCAUGUGAUACUUGCCCCUUCGUGAGCUAUGAUCAUCUCCAAUCUUGUCUAAUUUUGUAUGGCGACACAUCCUUUGUAACAUUUCCAAUUUCCACUUUUAGAACACUUCCUCAACAUUAAUUCUCAUAUAGGAUAUUGCUAAUCUCACAACUGUGCUAUAGAUCUUAUUUUUUCAAUUUGGUAAGUAUGUUCAUAACACAUACCGCUCCUUUAAAAGUUAAAACUCCUCCAUUUCAAUCAUAUGAUUGUAAUUUUAAGUUGCAUGUAA